AUGACGGUAACGCGCUGUUACGCCAAGCUCCACAGAGAUCGCGUACGCAGCAUCGCACCGCUUGCGGUGCACGCCAUCGGAGAAUUAGUGUUGCCGUUUGACGUCCCGGGAUCACGAGCAGAGGUGAUGUCCUCUUGGCAUGUAGUCGAUGAAAACUGGAGGAAACUUCAUCGACCGUCACUGAGAGCAACAUACACAAAGAACCACAUUCUGCUGCUUUAUCGACUUUCUGAGCGAAAACAGAAGUGUGCAAGCAAGAGCCUCGCGAUCCGCAAUGCCACGGACGCUCCUUGUGUAUGA